AUGCAUUUCAGCGGACUCAUCUUUGCAUCCUUGGCCACAGUUGCCGUGGCUGCUCCUACCAGCAGCGUCUUCAAUGAGGUCUACAACUUCGACUCGAGCCUGGAAGAGUUCUACACCAAGGUCAGCACCCACAUUGCGCAAUACGCCAAUGGAGCUGCGCCUACCUGCGAUAUGUCCAAGGUGUCUUUGCCUUCGUCAAAACUGCCUGCUCCUACGGGUUCGCUAAAAUAUGUCGCUAUUGGUCGUGGUACUCAGAACUACACCUGCGCCGACUCCACCGCAGAUACCGUCCCCGCCCAAAUCGGCGCCGUUGCAAACCUCUACGACGCCUCCUGCGUCGCUGCCAACUACCCCGACCUACUCGACCUCAUCACCGACAUUGUCCUCAACUACUCUCUCCCCUCGGCCAACGUUCAAACUCCCCUGGCACCCGCAAACCUGUACUUGCUAGGCCACCACUACUUCGAGACUGCCACCGAACCAGCCUUCAAUCUCAACACCACACCCGAGAAACAGCUCGGCCUCGCGCUUACAGCCAAGCAAAACUCGACUGCCGCUCCUUCUGGUUCUGUGCUAGGUCAGUUCAAUGUCGGUUAUGGUGCCGUACCCUGGUUGUAUCUUUCCACCGUUACUGGAACGACGGAUGGGUUCACUGCUGUGUACCGAGUCAACACCGCUGGAGGUGCUGCGCCGACCACUUGUGCGGGCCAACCGGCUGCUUUCCAGGUUCAAUGGCAUUCGCACCCCGUGGACGAGGAGGUCCCCCUCGAGGUGGACGCGGUGGCUUUGGAGGAAGCCGUGGUGGUUUUGGAGGUGGUGAUCGUGGUGGUCGUGGUGGUGGUCGUGGCGGUGCCCCCAGAGGCCGAGGCGGUCCUCGCGGUGGACGUGGUGCUCCUAGAGGUUGGCAAUAACCAGACACAAUCGAAAUAUCCACAAAAUACUAACGUUGGUAAAGGAGGUCGUGGUGGCCGUGGUGGUCCUCCCCGUGGAGGUGCCAGGGGCGGUCAGAAAGCCAUUAUCGAACCCCAUCGUCACGCCGGUAUCUUCGUCGCUCGUGGCAAGGAAGACAUGCUGGUCACCAAGAAUUUAACUCCUGGAGAUUCGGUGUAUGGCGAGAAGCGAAUUGCUGUCGAGGCCCCUGCUGAGGGUGACGCUCCUGCUGCCAAGACCGAAUACCGUGUUUGGAAUCCUUUCCGUUCUAAGCUUGCUGCUGGUGUUCUCGGUGGUUUGGAUAAGAUCUUCAUUAAGCCUGGCUCAAAGGUUUUGUACUUGGGUGCUGCCUCUGGUACCAGUGUCUCUCACGUUGCAGACAUUGUCGGCCCUACCGGAACCGUUUACGCUGUUGAAUUCUCCCACCGCUCUGGUCGUGACUUGAUCGGCAUGGCAACAAAACGCACAAACGUCAUCCCCAUCGUCGAGGAUGCUCGCCACCCUAUGAAAUACAGACUCCUCGUCCCCAUGGUCGACGUCAUCUUCGCCGACGUUGCCCAACCCGAUCAGGCCCGUAUCGUCGGUCUCAAUGCACACAUGUUCCUCAAGAACGAGGGUGGUGUGUUGAUCAGUAUCAAGGCCAGCUGUAUCGACAGCACGGCCAAGCCGGAGGUUGUCUUUGCUCACGAAGUCGAGCGUCUCAGAGCCGAGAAGAUCAAGCCCAAAGAACAACUCACACUUGAACCUUUCGAGCGUGACCACUGUAUCGUGGCAGGUCAAUACAUGCGUUCGAUAUCACGUACUUUUAUCUUCGUUAUCGAAGAAGCGACAGACAAAAUGGCAGAGUCAAUCAAGGAUUUAAGAAUAGUCAUUGUCGGUGCUGGCAUGGGCGGCCUGGCAUCUGCACUCGCCCUCGCCAAGGAAGGCUUCAAGAAAAUCGACGUCUACGAAUAUGCCGCUGAUCUGGGCUUCGUCGGCGCCGGUAUCCAGCUUGCUCCCAACAUGGCUCGGAUUCUGGACAGACUCGGUGUAUGGGAACCUAUUGCCAAGGAAGCGACCAAUAUCCAGGCCACCAGCAUCAGACAAGGAUCCACAAACGAGGAACUCGGCCACGUAGAGCUGGGAUACAUCGAAAAAACCUACGGAUACCCUCACAUGGUCGGUCACCGGUUUUCGCUUGCCAACUCCAUGUAUCAGGGUUGUCUGAAGGAGAGCGCCAUCACUUUCCACUUCAACACCAGCAUCAAAUCCAUCGAAUCCUUCGGCCCCAACCCUGUCGUUCUGGCCGAACCCCGCGAUGGCUCUUCUGAACCGUACAAGGUUGAGGCUGACGUCCUGUUGGCCGCAGAUGGAAUCAAGAGUAACAUCCGCGUGGAGAUGCUCAAAUUAUUAAACGUCGAUGCACAGAUCAUCGACACCAAACAGGCCGCGUACAGAAUCAUGAUUCAUCGUGACCAGAUCAAGGAUGACCCGGAGCUUCUGGCGCUACUCGAUAGCGACACCGUCGUUCGCUGGAUUGGCGCAAAGAGGCACAUCAUUGCUUACUCAGUCGACAACAAAAACAUCUACAAUCUAUCCACGACGCAGCCAGACACAAACUUUGCCGCAGCCCCAUCAGCAACAUACACAACCCGCGGAUCCAAGUCAGCAAUGUUGGGCGUCUUUGAGGAUUUCUGCCCCAUGAUUCAGCGUAUACUCAACCAUGUGCCCGAGGGGGAAGUGUGUGAAUGGAAACUCCGUGUUCACGCCCCUUUACCCACCUGGGUACACAAAACCGUUGCUCUUGUAGGUGAUGCUUGCCACCCUACUCUCCCGCAUCUUGCCCAGGGAGCUGCCCAAGCCAUCGAAGACGCCGCCGCCCUCGCCGCAUCCCUAUCCCGUCUCCCGGACACGCAACCCUCCACCAUCAACAAAGCUCUUCGCGUCUACGAAAGGAUUCGCAAAGAUCGUGCCUAUGCCCUCGUAGAAAUGGCCGCUGCAUCCGGCCGAACGUUGCAUUUGGGUGAUGGCGCAGCAAAGGAGGAAAGAGACAAGCAAUUUGCAGCACUCAAGCAAGGAAAUGGCAAGGUGCCGGAUAAGUGGGCUGAUGCAGAUGUGCAGAAGCUGAUUUAUGGGUUUGAUACGACCAAGGAAACGUUGGAGAACUUUGAUGAGAUUUUUAAUGGGUUGGAGGAGCAGGCUGUUAAUGGGGUUAAUGGGCAUUAG